AUGGCUGAGAUCACCGCUUUAGAUGCCCUCCAAGCCUUCCACCAAGGGCUUCUAUCAUUACGCGAAGGUCGCGUCGAAGGCGCAGAGGCACUGGGCAAUGAGUUCCUGGUUCAAGUUUUCGAGACAGAGUUAGGGAAGUUCUGGGAUAAGCCAGCGAGGAAGGGAGAUAACAGAAAUGCUGUCAAAUCUGGCAAGGUUGUCAUCGAUAGCGACGAAUACUCGAUAAACGAAAACUUCCAACAAGAUGUUCUUACUUUCUCCGACGAAGUAGAGCUCGAUGAGCUUGAAUCUACACGAUGCCUAUUGGAAUCGCAAGAAGACACAAACACAUUGGGUCGAUCGCUCCUCGAGUGCGCCAUCAUCCGAUUUCACCAACAGCGAAAAUAUGUUCUCGAUAUCGUGCGACUCCUCCUCGAAUUAGAAGGUCUCGACGAUGAUCUUGCCGAUACAGAAGCGCUCGAAAGUGUCAAGCUAUAUGUUGCUGAACGCUUGCUUCAGCCCAGCAUGGGUGCAGACGCUACAAAACGAAUUGUACCCAGGUGCAUGGCAUCGAUGAGGGAGAUCAAGAUGUGGCUUCAGAAGAUAGGAGACAAGAUUGCUGCAGCUCAGACCCUUGGCCAGACUACCACGAGCGGUGUGUCCGAGCAGAUGGAAACUAUCGAAUUCUCCAGAGUCAGCUUGAUGCAGCAGCAUGAGUUGCUGGGUGUGAUUCUUUGUCGAAGCAUUGAAAUGAGACAGGGUUCGACACAAGACUUUCUCGACUUUGUUUCUGUUCUCCAAAAGGUCGACAGGUACGAUGCUUUACUGGUUCAUCUCGUUCCAUCUAUAGGAGCAUACAUUUCGGUCUUCGGGUCCGCUGAAGGAGGGCACGACCUUAUCAAAGCCCGAGAACUGCACGGUAAGCUCUUCCCUGCAGACAGCUCUCCAUGGCCGUUGUCACAGCUGCAAGCCGCUUUUCGGGCUUGGUGGCUUGCAGAGUACAGUGGAUUUUACGUCGAUGACCCCCCCGAGGCAGCAAUUCCUCCUAAUACUGAUCUGGACGAGGAGGACCGACAGCGAUCUAAAGCGUUUCUGGAGUCUCUAAAGGACGGAUCCUUCGACUUCCUGCUCUCUAUUGCGGCCGAUGUCAAAUCUCCGGAUUGGCACGACCCUGUAAGGGCGGGUAUGCGCAAGUGGCUCCAGCGAAAGUCGCCUGCUCUUGCCCCCGAUGCUAUUCCUUUUGCCGAUUUCUUCCAGAUGAGCCUUAUGUUGCAGCUUGAGGUGUUUGUCGAUGGCUUUAUAUCCAACCUUCCCGACGUGCUACGAAAGCUUCGCGUGGAAGAGGACGAGCAACGGCAGUCCAGUCAGACACACGAGCAGGAUUUGGACCUUGAAAGGUUCUUGCUCAUCAUUGCAUAUGCUUACGAGGGACGACCCGACGCUGCCAUGAACUUCUGGUCUGAUCCCGAUAGUAACCUGGCUGGCUUUAUGCACUGGGCCUCUCGUAGAGCGUCGACGCCUCUGGUUACGGCUUUUUGCGAAAUGCUCCAGGCUAUUUCAGAGAAUGAAGAAUGCGCCUCUGCUGCGCAUGAGUUUUUGAUCGAUGAGGGCCACCAUUCGUCCGGAAAGAUGAGAAAGUCGCAGUCAUUGACAUGGGCCCAAAUCUUCAAAGAACUUGACUUCUUCUCUGCCAAGAUUAGGCAAAAGCCGACACCACCUCAGGCAAUACGUUAUCGCAAUGAAAAGAUGAGCAGCGAUCAAGCGGAGACAGAACCAGAAUCGGCCAUGAUGCUUGAAUGUUACCUUCGUUUGAUGUCAAAGCUGGCCAGCGAAAGCGAGACGACGCGGCAAUUCCUUCUUCAAAACCCCAACUACAAUCUUGUUGAGACAUUGUUCGAGCUCGCUAGUAGCAAUAUUCCUCCCCGACUACGCGGCUGUACCUUUAUGGCUUUGCGGGCUUUGAUGGCACGCAAGUCACUGCAUGAGGGUGCUGUCAUGUGGAAUUGCCUCGAUCAAUGGAUCACCGGGGAAUUUUUUCUUCACCCAGUCACUUCUCAUCGUCAAUCGCAACAGUCGCCCAGCGUCUUCAUGGAGCGCAUCUUCGAUGAAAUAAGCAAUGGAUUCGAAGACCCAGAAUCCUUUAUCCAACUUCUGCUUUCCCUGGUCUCCCCAGCCACCGACAGUAGUCCUCUCAAUGAUGGGCUCCCUUUCCCUGAGAGUCUUGGGUCUUCCUCCCGCAUGCCCGGUAUUGAAGUUUACGUCGACUUUGUGAUGGGCCAAGUAUUUGCCACAAAGGCCAAUGAUCUCCAGGAUGUUAACCAGACCCGGGUAUUGCGUCUUAGCUGCCUGGAAUUCAUCCUGAUCUGCCUAAACACCUUCAACGAGGACCUCAUCAUCAUGGCGAAUGAAACAAACAUCAAUGUUGAUAGCGUUAUCGCGACUACCGACCUAGCAACCUAUGUGCGAAUGCAUCCUUUUGCAAGAGUGAUGGAAUGGAUGUUUAACGACAAGGUUAUGACAGCUCUUUUCAACACUAUCCACCAAGAACCUUCCGAUGUUGGAAAUGCUUCGCCUGACUCUCCUCUAAUUCUUGGCAUCUUGCGCGCCGUUGAGGUUAUCAGUAAGGUACUUGAUCUCCAAGCCACAUACCUUGAGCUUGUUCGACCCAUCGUCAAGCUUCAGUCAAAUCAACGCCGACCACCUGUAGCAAAUGCUGCAUUCGCUUCAUUUGAAGAUGGUUUGGUUACCCGAUUGAACCUUGUUGUCGAUCUAGGUAACUACUGUGGCAUUGGACACCCAGAGUUGACCCUUGCAUGCCUGAAACUACUCGAAAAGAUGUCAUCCUCGUCGAAGAUCACUGCUGUCUGGUCAGGAUCUAGUCGACAAAUGCAUCGCAACAAGGCUAUCGUUGCCCUGGAGGCAAAUGGUGAACAUGAAACAAUCUCCCGGUCAUUUGUCUCAGAGCUGAUAACCCCUCUGGAGACGGGACGUGAGGCAGACUCGCCAGCUUAUGUGACCAAAAUCUACAUUCUCGACUUUCUGUAUCAAUGUUUACAAGAAACGCCGCGCAAGCCUACAAUUGCACACCUGUUGCUUGGUUUCAAGUGUGGCAUCGACUCUCUUUCCGUCGAAGCUACGGGCGCUUUCGCUUCCAGAACCUCUCUGUUCCAUACAAUACUCCGGUUGCUACUAGAAGCUCCCUCCAGCGAUGCACAGGGAAUGCGACAAUGGCUUAUCGCCAUCAAGUCACGAGUGAUGCGUAUCUUGCAUAUUCUUUGGAGCUCCCCCCUAUCUGCUCCUGUGGUAGUCGAGGAGCUCCGUGAAAAUGAGAUUCUCUUUCACCUAUUGCUUCGGGAGACAGUCAUCAACCCCGACUUGCCUUGGGAGGGUGAGAAUGUCGCUCUGGUUCACUUCCCUGUCACAGACGGGGCUGUGGCCUUGAUAGAUUUCUUGUCGCUUCGAAGCAUGGGCUUGGAAUAUAUCGCCAUGGAACUUUGCAGCAUAGCACAAAACCGUAUGCCAAGCGUCAAGCGUCGUAUAUUCGAAGCUCUGAACGGUCAGAUUAUUGGAGAGGGAAAUACUCCUAUCCCCAUUCCUACAAUUUUUGAUCUUUACGACUUCCUACUUCCAGAAGGUGUCUGGGAUGUCCCUUUGCCUGCUCUCCAAUACUAUCAAGAUCUUGACUUGACAAGCUGCUUAGAGAACGAUGCCGAUGGCAACCAAAUUUACAACCUUGACCGCGUCAAAGAGGUUCUACUCCUAAAGCGCGGCGAGACCCAUGGAGUGGGAGUCUUGGUUGCUGCCCAGGAUCUUGCUGCCAUCGAAAGAGAGGAGAGCAUGAUAAUAGAAUACCUGAUUUCUUCUAAUCGUCAGAAGCAGCUAACAACACAGAGCCUCAAGGUUUUAAAGACGUGGACUAAACUACUUCUGGUCAUGAUUGAGUCGAAUGAUUUCAAGGGCUCGGCACAAAUCUCAUUCUUCCUGCAGGCUCUGCAAUCGAUUUUGCCCAGCCUGGAAGCGUUUGCUUCAGAAAGACCAGAUGAGGCUUUUGAGCUCGCGAAAUUAUCCAAGGUUCUGCUCUUCAAGCUUGACCUUUCGGCGUCGGCAGACGACAAGCAAGGCUCAGCUAUCGGCAACCUGAUCAGCGACAAACUCUUCCAGCUUUUCCAAAUCUGCCUGCAGGCCAUUGGCAAGUGGGCUGGUACGCCAGAGCUAAGAUCUGUCUACUACGGCAUCUGCUAUCGUUACUUGACUGGCAUGGCCGAUCAAGGGCCACUCACUUCUAACCGCUCGAAGACCAUCAAGACUAUUCAAGUGUACGGUGAGCGGUUAAUCAAUGUCAUCUGCGAUGACGCCUAUGGCGGCGAAGCGCAGUGUCAGACAUCGGCGCUCAUCCUUCUUAACGCCCUGAUAAGCAUGGGCCACCAGGAGAAUGAGGAUUAUGUGGUUGAAACUCUGAACCGACUUAACUUUAUUGGAAUUUUGGUUGAUUCGCUGCGCAAUAUCAUGCAAGAAUGGCACGAGGUCUUCUCAUCAGGCACUUCGGAGCAACAGAACUAUCAAAACGCACGUCUUGCCCUUCUUCUUGAGCUCGCACAAACUCGUUCAGGGGCCAAGUAUAUCCUUCAUUCCAACCUCUUCCGUGCCCUUGAGAUCUCUAGACUUUUCGGUGCAGAUCCUGAACUGCAGAUCAACAGCACAAAUUCGCGCGCCCUUGAGCAACACUACGAUCUCCUCGCCCAGGUUGUUCGCAUUGUGGGUGCCGCGCUUGUUUCUCGCGGCAGUCACAAUGUUGUCCAAGGCCGCCGGUUCCUUACCGACCAUCGCAUGCUCGUCACACAUACACUGAAGCGCAGUGCUGGCAUCGGAAGUGGCAACGCGGAUGAGGGUUUGGAUGAGAAGAUCGAAGAGCUGGCCGAAGGUUUAAUGGUCAUAAUCGCAGCAACACGGUUCCUUGAGUUUGAAAAUGAGGGGCUUCCUGAGCCUACACAGCAGAGCCAUGGGCUCUUCCACUAG